AUGGCGUUCAAUGUUCCUGAAAGUGUUUCUGUUGUUCCUUCUGCAACUGAAAGUGAAGAGAUUCCCUCAAAUGCCAAUGAGGAAGAUGAUAAGUCGCCUCCUGCUCUUAUUGAGAGGCCUCUUGAUGUUCCUUCUGAUGUUCCUUCUGAUGUUCCUCCUGAUGUUCCCUCUGAUGUUCCUUCUGAUGUUCCUUCCGAUUUUCCUUCGGAUGUUCCCUCUGCUGAGGCUGAAUUUAGACCUGAAGAUAGUAGUGCCGUCCCUCAAGCAGCAGACAGUGAAAAGCCCGUAGAGGAACGUUCAUGUGUGGAACACGAUAAUGAAGAAAAUGUGGAGAUAAAAGCUGAGAAGUCUUCAGCUGAUCCAAACCCACCAAACACGCCUCUAAGUGUCCCUGAUAGACUUGCAGCCAGUGGUCCUAUAGUGACAUCUCAGGGGCAGAAAGAACAUGAGGCAGAAUGUGAAGAAAUAUCAAAAGGAAUUCUCCAAAGUGUUCCUGCUCCCAGCCCAAGUAGCUCAUGGCAGCCUAUAGACUGUACAAGUGAUGAGCAGCCAUCUCGCGUUUCUAUUAGCCAUUUCCAACUAAGUGCUGUGCUGGGCCAAGGAGGUUUUGGAAAAGUGUAUCUGGGAAAAUACAAAGCAACAGGCAAACUGUUUGCCAUCAAGACCUUAAAAAAGCGAGAAAUGACUUCCUCAAUUAAAUUGAACAGUGCUCUGAUGGAGAAGGAGAUUCUUCUUUUGGCCAAACAAGAGCAACAUCCGUUCCUCACUGGAUUGUUUGCCUCGUUCCAAACAGAGCAUCACGUUUGCCUCGCCAUGGAUUUAGCGGCUGGAGGCGAUUUAACAAAAGUCAUUGAUCAUCCGGAAUUCAACUAUAAAGCAGCAAUAUUUUACUCUUCGUGCAUUGUUCUGGGCUUGGAAUUCCUCCAUGAACACAACGUCAUUCAUAGAGAUUUAAAGCUUGACAAUGUCCUCUUGGAUGCAUCCGGAUAUAUAAAAAUCACAGACUUUGGCCUUUGCAAAAAAGGAAUGGGCGUUGGAGUCUUAACCACAAGCCCUGCUGGAACUCCUUAUUAUACUGCUCCAGAGAUAUUGAAACGGGAGCCCUAUGGAAGAGCAGUAGACUGGUGGUCUGUAGGAGUGAUGCUUUAUUACAUGGUGCUUCACAGGUUCCCCUUUAACGGACUGAACAUGGAGCAUCUGUGUGAAUUUAUCAAGUAUUCGAGGGCGAUUUUUCCACCGAAAGUCCCUGCUGAUUUCUCAUCCACAACAAAAGGACUUUUGGCCAAAUUCCCUGAGAAUCGCCUGGGAUUCAACGGAGCUGAAGAAGUGAAGCAAAGCCCGUUGUUCUGUAAAAUCAAUUUUGAUGGCCUCUUGAAUAAAAAAGUGACACCACCAAUCAUCCCAGCUGUCCAAAGCUCAAGAGAUAAUGACACAAACCUAAUGGUAACUCUGUAUGGGCGUAAAGCAGUUAUACCAGACUCCGUCAGUGAAGCCCUCCAGAACUUUGAUUAUUAUGUUGGCUGAAUGUGAGAAGAGACACUUGAAUAUUAAAGAAAUGCCAUCCGCCCCUCAACCAGGAAUGAAGCAGCCGGCUAAAGGAAGCCUGGGUAAAUAUGGACGUUUGCUUUUGGGAACACUGAUUGUAGAAACAUCUUCAGGAUUAAUAAUGAUCACCCAUUACAGAAGGUGGAGGGUAACAGCUGGGGGAUGUCCCAUAGAUCCCUUUGAAUACUGGUCUUUAGGAUAAGAGAGACUUGAUAGGAUGGUGAUUUAUAGAGAAGGUCAC